GAGAGGCAAGAAGGCGUGAGAAAAUGAGAUUGUAAGAAAAAAGAAAGGAACUUCAGAAGGGAAAUUCAAUUCCCUUCUUGUUGUUCCCCUACCACGGCCAAUUGAUCUCGCGGUGAGGAACAAUAAACCAGAACAUUAAGCAAAAGUCUUAAUUCAAAUACCACAAAACAAAUGCAAGUGGAUUUUUGCUGAGAAAGGUGAUCAUUGCAACAACAUUGUACACAACAUCAUCGUCACACCCUACCAUGUUCACCGACAAUUCCUGCCAACAAAAAAAUAAUAAAAUGGCCUCUCGCUCCUCAUCUAUCGCCACCUCAAUUCCAGCUUCCAGCGUCAAGAGAAGGCUCUACCAAGUUUGGAAAGGAAAUAAUAAAUUUCUAUGUGGUGGAAGAUUAGUUUUCGGUCAAGAUGCAUCAUCUCUUUUUCUAACAUCGUUCCUGAUUGGAGGUCCUGCAAUAACAUUUUGCAUAAAAAUGCUAUUAUCAUUAAAGAAAGAAGAUGCUCACUUUAGCAACCCUGUACUAAUUGGAGGAGUGGUUCUCACAGUUUUGGUUUUUGUUUUUCUCUUCAUGACAUCUAGUAGAGAUCCAGGAAUUAUCCCUAGAAAUGCACAACCACCUGAAUUAGAAGAACCUUUAGACAUAAACACACCAUCCAUGGAAUGGUUAAAUAAUAAAGCCCCUAAUUUGAAGUUUCCCAGGGUGAAAGAUAUGACUGUUAAUGGUCACACAAUAAAGGUGAAAUUUUGUGACACUUGUUUGUUGUAUCGUCCACCACGUGCUUCUCAUUGUUCUAUCUGCAAUAAUUGUGUGCAAAAGUUUGAUCAUCAUUGCCCUUGGGUUGGUCAGUGCAUUGGAUCACGUAAUUACCCAUUCUUCAUUUUGUUCAUAUCAUCAUCAACCUUGUUGUGUAUAUAUGUGUUUGCUUUUUCUUGGGUUAACCUUCUCCGACAAAAGGGUAAAUUGUGGGUCAACAUGUCACAUGAUGUUCUAUCAGUUACUCUCAUUGUGUAUUGCUUCAUAGCUGUUUGGUUCGUGGGAGGACUAACAGUUUUCCAUCUUUAUUUGAUUUCCACCAACCAGACAACCUAUGAGAAUUUUCGGUACCGAUACGAUAAGAAGGAAAAUCCAUAUACAAAGGGAGUAUUGCAAAACUUCAAAGAACUUUCGUGUGGUAGGAUCCCAAAAACAAUGAUAAAUUUCAGAGAAUGGGUUCUGGUUGAGGAUGAUAAUCCAGACGAAUCCUACACUUCAGAUUUGGAAAGAGGUUUUAUAAGCUCAAAGCAGAAAUUUGACAUGGAAAUGGGAACAAUGUAUGGCAAAGAUGGUAUGAGAGUUCCUUCCAUUUUGAAGGAACUGGAUUAUAACGGCAUUGAUGAUACUCUAAAGAAAAAAGCAGGAGAAAAAGAAGGUGAAUAUGAUAUUUUUGUUCCUGCUGAUAACACAAAAUCCAAAACUGGAGGACCCAAUGCAAAAGAAGAGAAGCAGUAAUAAUGGUUCUUUGAAGGUACCAUUUAAAAUAUAUUACUCAUGCAUUAUGCCCUAAACAGUGAAUGAUCAAGAACUUUUGCUGCAAGAGAUUUGCAGAACUUGUUAGUCACAGAAAGCUUGAGGACUUGAAAAUGAUUCCAAGUAGUAAUAGCUGUCUUUGCUGCAGAUUCUUUUGGCAAAUGGACUCUUCUGAGGUUAGAAUGUUGAUUUUCUGAUGAAUGAGGAAACAUGCAAAAGGUUCUUAAGUGAAUGAAACAAAUGACAUGUCUCAAUGGAAACUUAGAUAUUUUCAAUGCUGAGAGAGAGAGAGAGGAGAGAAAAAAAAAGGUGACAAGUUACAAAAACUGACAUAUGUUCACAUAUGAAUGCAGGAUCUAUAAAUGAAUGAAGGAGUUAGAUUAAUCA